AUGGCCAGAAUGGACUCCCUGAGCCUCGAGCUCAUUGAACUAAUCGUGCUCGAACUUCUCGAGCUUCUCGACUUCGACACACCCCAUGACAAAAGCAUCAAUCCGUCACUAGCUCCCUACGCGCGCAUCAACCGCAAAUUCCAUGCCGCUGUCGAGCGCAACUUAUACCGGCGCGUUGAGACGUCCAGUCGGCACCCGGAGCGAUUGCAAGCUAUUAACGCGUAUGCGCUUCGCAAGGCGGCGCUCCAGGAACUGAGCUACGUCAUCGAGUUGCCAGAGUACGAUCCGAACCGGGAGUAUGCGCUGGAGCGGAGGAAGGAGCAUCGCGCGAACCAGGCUGCAUUCCGGGAUGGACUCGUGAGGAUCUGGAAUGAACUCAGUGCGUGGGAGAAGCUGCCUUCGCUGUCGCUGGACCUGAGCGCGUCUUCGAAAUGCGAUGGGGGGGAUUGGGGGUUUCCAGAUCGCUGGCUGUGUCCGGAGCAUAGUUUGAGUGUUGGCGACGACGUCGAGCUGCCGACUGUACAGUGUGUGCAGGACUUGGCCGUUGCCAGAGACGGGCGGCGCAUCCAUCCGGCUACGAUCGAGUCGAUGGUGCUCAGCCUGCCGAAUCUGCGGGUUCUGUCUCUCGGAAUGCGCGCUGUGCAAUUCAGGUUUCAAGACCUGAGGGCCGAGUAUACCGCUACCCUGGCCAGAAUGCUUGAGGCUCCUACCCUCGGCAAACUUGAAGUCCUCAACCUCUCGCUCUGGGCACACCCACCGACCAACCACGACUUCAACACGGGGUUGCAGCCGGACCCCUCAUACCCAGCCGGGGACGUCCUAAGCAAUGCAAUCCGCAAGCUAGCACAGCGCAGCCUGAGGCAGCUGGAACUACAGGACAACGUCCCCAUCUCACCGGCUCUUUUCGGACCCCCAGAGGACGACACCCCCUUCCCGCACUUGGAGUACAUCGACAUCCAGUUCCCCAUCCUUACGUACGACGGGCGCUGGUACUACACCGGCGACCGGCACGCCGUUGAACCGGACACACCAUUCGAGACAGAAGUAGAGCAGAUUCACAAUGGAUCCUCACUAGACGACGGCCCCUCGGACACCGACUCGGUUAUCUCGCUCAACAAUUCGCGCGCGGACUUCCUAAACGGGAAUAUCCCGGCUCACGAAUGGCGGACGAGCCCCGAUCCAUGCAUGUUCGAUCCAUUGGUCCACUCUGUCGCCGCCGCGGCGCUGCACAUGCCGAAAUUAAGGAAUCUUCUUCUUACCACCCUCUACGAAUACGCGUUCAGCGACCACGCGGAGGAGAGGGAGCAGAGGUGUGCGGUUAAAAUCAACUACGCGACGCCUGAGUGUUAUUUUGGUUCCUUACGAUAUCCGAAUAUGGGGCUCGACGGGCAUACGAGGUGCAGGUGGGUUGUGAGUUUGGGGACGGGGGUGAGUUGGGAUGUGCCGGAGGAUAUACGGGGGAUUAUGAGGGAGAAGGUUGGCGAUGCAGGGGAUGUCGUGGUUUAUCGGUCGAGGUCGUGA